AUGAAAGUAUUUCGAGGCUUCCGAUAUCGUGGACAAUGGUAUUUUCCGCCAAAUUUUCAAGGAAUAAAAAUAGCAGAUUAUGAUUUAUUUGAGUUAGCACGUGCACAUAUUGCAAGAAGAAAUUUAGAUUACUAUCACAACAAUCGAGCUACAGUAGAACAUCUCGUCGAAAUGGGAAAAUCAUGCAUUAAAAAUGGAUCAUUAUGGUAUCCUGACUAA